CCUCUGAUUGGAGGGCGUAUGUUCACGUAGCAACGGUCCGGAAGAUGUCGCUGAGGCCAGACCUGAAAAACUUCCGCCUUAAGUUGUAAAGAAAAACACGGCAGCUAAAAGGCGACCGACGGCGGAAACAGCCCGAUUAAGAAGUCAGGCCACAGGCUCUUGACGCUCUGGAGCUUUUGUGGUUUCCAGAGUGUGUGAGUGUGUGAGUGUGUGAGUGUGUGUGUGUGUGUGGGUGAGUGUAUGUGUGAGUGUGUGUGAACUGCACUUUCCUGCUGACAGUUUGACCAAGAGCUGCUCCUCCCUGGAGGAUGACAAUGGAGGAGAUGAAGAAUGAAGCGGAGACAAACUCCAUGGUAUCCAUGACGCUGUACGCCGUGAUGUACCCAGUUUUCAACGAGCUGGAGAGGAUCAACUUAUCAGCAGCUCAGACGCUCAGAGCAGCCUUCAUUAAGGCGGAGAGGGAGAACCCUGGUUUGACUCAGGACAUCAUAAUGAAGAUCUUGGAGAAAAAGAAUGUCCAAAUCAACUUCACUGAAUCGCUACUGCGCAUGGCAGCGGAUGAUGUGGAAGAUUUCAUGAUUGACCGGCCUGAGCAGGAGUUCCAGGAUCUAAAUGAGAAGGCCAGAGCUCUGAAACACAUCCUCAGCAAAAUCCCAGAUGAGAUCAAUGACAGAGUACGCUUCCUACAGACUAUCAAAGACAUAGCCAGCGCCAUAAAAGAGCUCCUGGACACAGUCAACAAUGUCAUUAAGAAGUAUCAGUACCAGAAUCGCAGAGCCUUGGAACACCAGAAAAAGGAGUUUGUGAAAUACUCCAAAAGUUUCAGCGACACCCUCAAAACAUACUUCAAAGACGGAAAGGCGAUAAAUGUCUUCAUCAGUGCAAACCGGCUCAUCCACCAAACCAACCUCAUACUGCAGACCUUCAAACCCGUUGCCUAGCCCUCGGAGACCACAGAGUCCCCCCCGCCCCUGUGUCCUGUGGGGAGCAACUGCUAGAAUGGUGGAAGUUUGAAGAGCGCCUGACCCAUAUAUGUAAAUUAGAAAGAGUUGAUUUUAGGGUUGGGGGGUCGAUUCCGUUGGAGUCGAGAUUCUAGAUUCCAGUUCAAGAGACUGAAAAGUGCCAUUUGUUUUUUUUCAAUGAGGAUUUUCCAGUAUUGAAGUGGAACUGAAUGGGCCCAAAGUCUUGGUUGAUUGAUUGAUUUUAUUUGGACAGUUUUAAUUUAUAACCCUGGUCUUUGGUUGGGAGUAGGUGAGGCGAGGUGUUUAUUAAAGACUAAUUGCCAUUUUUCUAAUAUAUUCAUGUUGAUCAUUUUACUUUAAGCUUUUCAGACAUGGCUACACCGCAUUCAGUACGGGGCCCGUCUCAGCCGUCUACACUGGUUUUCUCUUCUCGCCUCCCAUUUGUGUCUUUUCGCCAUGGUCUGUACGCGCAGGAUUGACAAAAGCACCUGACCGCAGGUGAAAAAGCUGCAAGGAGAGGAGAGGAAACAGUGCGGGACAUUUAGGAGGCAGACUCAGAUUUCAUUUCUCUUUAUUAUCAGAAGACAGAAAGCCAAAUGACUUCCAGCACAGUGUGCGCCUUACCAAGUCCUGUAACAUUCCCUCCUCUCAGAGUGUAAUGAAGUGGAGCCAGUCCCUGCUGUUGGGGGAUGAAGAGAGAGAAAUGAAAGUUCUGUAUUUAACUGAUAUCUGGUUGCAAAUGUUCAAUAAAUAGUUUCCAAAUGAUGAUGCUUUUUUAAA